AUGAAAUUGACCCGUAAAAUCAGGCUUGAUCCAAGCACCAACUCUAACUAUGCAGAGUUCAAUGUUAAGCACGCAACACUUGACAUCAAAGUGCAUUUCGACAGUAAGAAAAUCGCUGGUAAGGUUAUCUACAAGCUCUCAGCAAAAAGACCGAACACCACGGAAAUUAUCUUAGAUAGUUCUUAUUUGGAGAUUGUUAAAAUUUGGAUAAACGAUCUCCCGACUGAUAACUAUAAAUUGGGCGCUAGAAAGUAUUCUGCUUUGGGGAAUGCCUUGCUGAUUGCAUUACCUACAACCUAUAACGAUGAUUUCACGUUAACAAUUCAGUUCGCAACUACGUCCCAAUGCACUGCGUUGCAAUUUCUCGAUAGAGAAGCCACCGAUGGAAAGACGGCACCUUAUUUGUUUUCGCAGUGUCAACCAAUUCAUGCCAGAAGCAUGUUCCCCUGUUUUGAUACUCCUGCUGUGAAGUCUUCUUAUACUAUGUUGGCUGACUCAUCGUACUUCACUUUGAUGUCUGGGAGACUUCAGGAAGCGAAGAAAGACGGGAAGUGGCACUUCGAACAACCGGUGCCGAUUCCUUCGUAUCUCGUAGCCAUUGCAUCUGGGGAUAUCGAAUCUGAACCAAUUGGUCCCAGAUCAAGAAUCUACUCGGAGAAACCUGGCCUUCAAAACUGUAAGUGGGAGUUUGAGCAAGAUACGGAAAACUUCAUUAAGAUUGCCGAAAAGUUGAUCUUUGAAUAUGAAUGGUUGAAGUUUGAUGCGCUAGUUCUACCAUCGAGCUUCCCCUAUGGAGGUAUGGAAAACCCCAACAUAACCUUUGUGACGCCUACAUUAAUUAGCAAAGACAGAUCUCAAGUGAAGGUAAUGGCCCACGAGUUGGCACAUUCCUGGCUGGGUAACUUGGUGACCAAUUCCUCUUGGGAACAUUUUUGGCUUAAUGAAGGCUGGACUGUUUACUUAGAGAGACGAAUCUUAGGUCGUGUUGCCGCUGCAAAUGCCAAAGAAGAUGGUAGGAGCAAUUACGAAGAAGUUGGUGAACAAACCAGACACUUCGCCUCGAUUAUUGGGUGGAAUGCUUUAGUAGAAAGCUGUAAAGCUUCAAAUUUCACUAGCUUAAUCUGGGACCUACUGAAUGGAGCUGAUCCAGAUGCAGCCUUCUCUAGGAUUCCGUAUGAAAAGGGUUUCAAUUUUAUCUUCUACCUCGAGACUAUUCUUGGUGGUACUAAAGAGUUUGACCCAUUUAUCCCACACUAUUUUAAACAGUUCCAGUACAAAUCGUUAGAUUCAUUUGAGUUCAUUGAUGCAUUAUACGAUUUUUUCAAGAAAGAUUCAAAGAAGAAAGAGAUAUUAGAUUCAGUCGAUUGGGACACUUGGUUGUAUGAAGAGGGCUUACCUCCAGUACUCCCACAAUUCGAUACCACUUUGGCUGAUGAAUGCUACAAAUUAGCCAAUAAGUGGAUCGAGCAAAGUUCAAGAGGAAACUACGACUUUUCAGAAGUGGACAUUGCCACGUUUGAUUCCAGUCAGCAUGUGCUCUUCUUGGAAACCUUAGAAGGAAAAUUAGCUAAAUCUGAUAAUACGGUUGACUUGGUGGGCCAGCUUCAACGUGCUUAUCCAUUCUACUCUCAGAGCAGUAACGGAGAGGUCAAGUCCCGCUGGAGCUCAUUGACAAUUAAGUUCGGAAACUUCUCAAGUUCUGAUGAGUCAAUUGAGCUCUUUGCAAAUUGGCUAGGAACCGUAGGUAGAAUGAAGUUUGUUAGACCUGGUUACAGAUUAUUAAGAGAUUACGUAUCUGAAGAGUUUGCAAUCAGUACAUUUAGAAGAUUUGAGAAAAGUUAUCACCCUAUUUGCUGGGCAAUGGUAAAGAGUGACUUGAAGCUCUAA